GUUAUUUUAUACUCCAUGUCUACCUAUGUCCGUUUUGUAUACCCGUCAUCAUCGCUCAGGGUCCAUGGCAAUAAAGAAGAUAUGAGAGAGUUUGCGGUCAUCUAACUGCCAAUUCAACAUGUCUGUGUCAGGGCGGAGUUUCCCUUUCAGUGCCAGUUUUGGCACAAGCAACAGUUACAAUGAACAAGAGUGCACGUUACAUCCGGGCAAGCCGAUAACUAUGGUAUGUGUUACGUGUCAAGAUGAACUCGUAUGCCCAACAUGCAUCAAGUGCGACCAUCGAAAGCACGAGUUCCUGGAGUUAGAGGACGUUGUGCAGGAUCGUCAGAAUAUGAUAUUCCAGCACCUGGAUGUGUCUGAAAGUUCUCUUCUGAAAUUGACUGACAACGUUGCCCAGGUCAAUAAGCGUUUGCGGAAUUACAAUGAGCAGGUGGACGCCGUAGUCCGCCAGAUAACGAAUCGCGGCGAGGUCAUUAAAAACAACGUGGACCGGGUUACCGAGGAUCACAUUCGGGAAGUGGAGCGCAUCAGACGCAAAAACGUCGACAAACUAGCCAAGGUCGUGGAUCAAUUGAAGCGACUUGAGGCGGAGAUCCUCAAGUACAGCAAAUCCGGCAAGAGUUUGCCAUUAUCGAUGCUAGACACAAGUCCCAUAAGACAGGUUCUUGGCAAAAACGGAAACCGACCCUUGGCUAAUGCGUCUAUUCUGGAACUUCCUAAAUUCGUACCGGGUGACUUCAAUUUACUCCAGGUCCGUAAUCUGUUCGGCGAACUUCGUAGAGAAGCGAAAAGCGUCAUGAUGGUCACCAACAACAACAUGGAACAAGCUUACAGCUUCUUGUCCUCUAAGGACCUGGGCUAUCCAAACCCCGGGGCUGCACUGGAAUCCCCCGUUCGGGUAUCGGAGCACGAAACGGAGGUAACUAACAUAUGUCCUGUCAACAAUACAGACGCCUGGGUUGUCUUAUGUGAUACCGACGAAGUCAACCUUAUGUCAACCAUCAGCAAAAAGCCCAUACAGGUCGUGUCAACCAGUGGCGUCGAGGUUAUCGACGUCACCACUUCUCCGGACAGAAGACGGACCCUUAUAUGCUGCGCUGAUAGAAGCAUUAGGGAGAUUAAGGGCAUGUACGGACGAACCAAGGUAAUUUUUUACACAGAAGCCGUACCAUCUAGUCUGGUUGUCACUCGGGAAAACUUCAUCAUUGUAGCGUUCAAAACAGGGGGACUCAUCAUCAAGUUCGAUUCCAGAGGAAACGUGCUUCACAAAGUUCGCGGGUCUUUGGUGGGACGAAUCGACUUCGAUAACACGCCAAAACCAAUGCGGCUAAGGCAGAAUCCCCGAAAUGGGGACUUGGUUUUGUUCAACAGGGGUUCAGGGUACGUCACAGUAAUGGACAGUGACAUGCGCAUACGAUUCCACUCGGCCUGUGGUAAGAAUCAAGUAACUGGACAGUUCGUGAAAAAGGGAGGAAUAUCGCAUUUCAUGGUAGUUGAUGCGUGCUUUGAUUCCUUGGGCAAUAUCUACGUCGUUGACACUCUUCGGUCUGCUAUCUUGGUUCUCGACAAAAAGGGGUCGAUCCUGAGGACCGUGAUGAACAGACAGGAAUAUGUUCCGCGCCCCACGGCUAUAGGAGUACAGCCGGACGACCGUGUAUGGCUGGGUUACGAGGACGGUACAGUGCAAACCCGGGAAACUACCACGCUGUGAUGACGAAAUCCUUUCACUCUUACAUCAAAUUGUAAGCAAUGAUAAGGCAGCAGACUAUGUUGGACAGAAAUCGAAGUUUUUAUGAUUUUGUUUUGAUAGAACCCGUGAAAGAGGAGAGAGGAACGUUUGUGUACAUGUACUUUUCCUUCCAAAAUCCUGCCAUUUGUUAAUGUUUCUAGUACGUUACUGAAAAAUGUUCCGUUUGUUAGAAUAUCGUAUUGUUCACUAGCAAUUAAUGGACAUCUAGCCCCAGUUGCUCAAAGAUUGGUUUUAGUUAACUAGUGGUUAGGGAAAAUUUAAAAUCUUAUAUCUGUUCAAUACUGCAGAUUUGUUGAGGCAGAUCAGCUGGAUGUGUUUCGAUGAUAUGUUUUGCCUUGAAUGCUUUUGCUUUUUGUUGACAACAAUUUUAAUUUUUCAUUAUUUGGUUAAAGUUAACGAACCUAUGAGCAUCUGGGGUCUGAAUGACAGACUGUAAACAUGUACGUUACUACAUGUUAGCGUGUCGGUAUUACUACAUGUUAGCGUGUCGGUAUUACUACAUGUUAGCGUGUCGGUAUUACUACAUGUUAGCGUGUCGGUAUUACUACAUGUUAGCGUGUCGGUAUUACUACAUGUUAGCGUGUCGGUAUUACUACAUGUUAGCGUGUCGGUAUUACUACAUGUUAGCGUGUCGGUAUUACUACAUGUUAGCGUGUCGGUAUUACUACAUGUUAGCGUGUCGGUAUUACUACAUGUUAGCGUGUCGGUAUUACUACAUGUUAGCGUGUCGGUAUUACUACAUGUUAGCGUGUCGGUAUUACUACAUGUUAGCGUGUCGGUAUUACUACAUGUUAGCGUGUCGGUAUUACUACAUGUUAGCGUGUCGGUAUUACUACAUGUUAGCGUGUCGGUAUUACUACAUGUUAGCGUGUCGGUAUUACUACAUGUUAGCGUGUCGGUAUUACUACAUGUUAGCGUGUCGGUAUUACAAGGCUCGUGUUGUUAUGUUGUUAAAACGGUCUCCAAAGGACAAUUGUUUGAUUUUUAAUUUCUUUUUGUAAAUGAGUACUUUAUAUACCUUUUGAUGGUAGAUUAUCGUGUUGGUGCUGUUAUUUCUUUUGAACAACGCUGAAUAAAAUGGUAUAAUGACAAAUCUAAGAUAGAAGUGUUUUCGUUUUGAGGGUCAAUAUGUCUAAAUUGACCAUGAUUUUUUUCGGAAUUUGACCAAAGUGUGAUAUUUGUU